AUGGAAGGAGGCGCGCACAACCCUCGCACGGUGGAGGAGGUUUUCAGAGAUUUCAAGGGGAGGCGCAAUGCGCUGAUUAAAGCUCUCACUACUGAGAAGGAAAAUCUUUGUCUUUAUGGAUUUCCUGAUGAGCAUUGGGAAGUUAAUUUGCCUGCUGAAGAGGUGCCUCCUGAGCUUCCGGAACCUGCUUUGGGUAUAAACUUUGCUAGGGAUGGAAUGCAGGAGAAAGACUGGCUGGCUCUCGUGGCUGUGCACAGUGAUGCAUGGCUACUUUCUGUUGCUUUCUAUUUUGGUGCCAGAUUUGGUUUUGAUAAAGCUGACAGGAAGCGUCUAUUCAAUAUGGUAAAUGAUCUUCCGACGAUUUUUGAAGUUGUGACCGGAGCUGCAAAAAAGCAAGUAAAGGAAAAGUCAUCUGUUUCAAACCACAGUGGCAGUAAAUCCAAGUCAAACUCAAAACCGACCAAAACUAAGGUACAAGCAAAGGAUGAAGAUGAGGUACUUGAUGAGGAAGAUGAAGACGAGCAUGGGGAGACUUUAUGUGGGGCGUGUGGCGAGAACUACGCCGCGGAUGAGUUUUGGAUUUGCUGUGACAUAUGCGAAAGAUGGUUCCAUGGCAAGUGUGUGAAGAUCACGCCUGCCAGAGCCGAGCACAUCAAGCAGUACAAAUGCCCGACUUGCAGCAACAAGAGGGCCCGCCCGUGA